AUGCGGUUCACCGCCCAUGUUUCCUGGCUCGUCCCUGCUUUUCUCUCACUGGCGUCUGUCUCAUCGGCCUUUUAUCUCCCCGGUGUCGCUCCAUCCUCCUACGAUAAAGGCCAAGCAGUCCCGCUAAAUGUCAACCACUUGUCACCCGGGCUGUCGCGCGACGAUCAACUUCACUCAGUCUUCUCUUACGACUACUACAAACCAGAAUUCCACUUCUGUCAACCGGAGGGUGGACCAAAAGAUGUUAGAGAAUCAUUAGGAAGCAUUCUGUUCGGCGAUCGGAUUCGCACUUCGCCGCUGCAGCUUCAUAUGGCUCAAAAUGAAACGUGCAAAGCAGUCUGCGGAGAGGUUACAUUUGACGCGCGCAGCGCCAAAUUCACCAAUCGUCGAAUUGCGCAGGGAUAUAACAUCAACUGGAUUGUGGACGGCUUGCCCGCGGCGCAGCUCAACUACGACAGCAACACAAAUACUCAGUUCUAUACCCCGGGAUUCGCUCUUGGCGACGUGGAUCAGAAUGGACAAUCGGUGCUCUACAACCAUUACGACAUCAUUGUCGAAUACCACCGCGUGGGUUUCAGUGGGAAGGAUAAAUACCGGGUGGUUGGCGUGCACGUGCAACCCGAAUCCCGACGUGAUUCCCGUGUGCUGGAUGAUGGUACCGCCGAGUGCGGCACCCAAGACGACCUUCUGAGAUUGAGCGAAGAGGUUGACACUUCAGUUACCUGGACAUACAGCGUGUACUGGAAAGAAUCUUCCACUGCAUGGGCCACGCGAUGGGACAAGUAUUUGCAUGUAUACGACCCCAAGAUCCACUGGUUCUCCCUGAUCAACUCCGCCGUUUUUGUUGUCUUCUUGGUGGCCACGGUCAGUAUGAUACUAGUGCGCGCUCUCAAGAAGGACAUUGCCCGGUACAAUCGGCUCGACCAAAUCGAUCUGGAUGAUUUGAACGGUAGCUCGGGCGCAGUCGAAGACGGAAUUCAAGAAGACUCCGGAUGGAAGCUUGUACAUGGCGAUGUCUUUCGCUGUCCCCAGUCGCCUCUCCUGCUGAGUAUUUUACUUGGAAAUGGUGCUCAACUAUUCAUGAUGACAGGCGUCACCGUUGGUAAGUCGCAACAUGAAUCUAUUCCAUUCUUGGAUGACUGCGAGUUCGCCGCUUUUGGAGCCUAUAUCGCUGACCUGCCUCCUCCAGUAUUUGCCCUUCUCGGUCUGCUCUCCCCCGCCAAUCGCGGGUUCUUGGCCACCGCCAUCCUUCUAAUUUCCGCCCUCUUCGGGGCGAUUGGAGGCUAUGUUUCGUCGCGUGUCUACAAAUCAUUCGGUGGUGAAGCAUGGAAGCGCAACAUUAUUAUGACACCUCUUUUGCUUCCGGGGGUCAUCUUUUCCACCUUCUUCAUUCUGAACCUCUUCGUUUGGGCCAAGGGGUCAAGUGGCGCUGUGCCUUUCGGGACUAUGCUUGCGUUGGUUUUGAUUUGGUUUGUGAUCAGUGUUCCAUUGAGCGUGGCCGGCAGCUGGUUUGGCUUCAGGCAAGCGGCUAUCGAAGGUCCCACUAAGACCAACCAGAUUCCCCGUCAGAUCCCUCCGGUGUCUGGCAGUCUCCGGCCCAUCCCAUCUACCCUCAUGGCUGGCAUUCUGCCGUUUGCCGCCAUUUUCGUUGAGCUUUAUCUCAUAACCACCUCUCUCUGGACCAACAAGAUUUAUUAUAUGUUCGGCUUCUUGUUCUUGUGCUAUGGGUUGAUGAUCAUCACUUCGGCUGCGACCACCGUCCUGCUAGUGUAUUUUUUGCUUUGUGCCGAGAACUAUCGGUGGCACUGGCGCGCCUUUGCCGGUGCCGGUAUGACCGGUGGCUAUGUCUUCCUCAACGCCCUCAUCUUCUGGGCCACUCGCGUCAGUUUCGGUGGCUUGACUGGCGCGGUGCUUUAUGUGGGAUACUCGGCACUGAUUGGUUUUGUUGUCUUUGUCCUCACAGGCUCAAUCGGCUUCUUCGCUAGCUGGGCAUUCAUACAUCGCAUUUACGGGUCUAUCAAGGUGGACUGA